CAUACAAAGACUAAUUGAGUUAUCAAAAAAGGGCGCUUUGGCUAUGGCUUCUUUACUCCACACUGUCUACUCAAUACGCUCAUCUUCCAACCCGUUUCGAACACCAAAGCUUGCUGAUCCACCCAUUUCUCUUCCUUUCAGCAGACGGAGGCUUGUGGUGAAAGCUACAGAAACUGAUAAAGACGAAGUAAGAGCAAAGGCACCAGAUAAGGCACCGGCUGAGAGUGGUUCAAGUAUUAAUCAGAUUCUUGGAAUCAAAGGAGCUAAGCAAGAAACUGAUAAGUGGAAGAUACGGGUUCAACUUAUGAAGCCUGUUACAUGGCCGCCUCUUGUGUGGGGUGUCGUCUGUGGAGCUGCUGCAUCUGGGAACUUCCAUUGGACGUUGGAAGAUGUAGCUAAAUCAAUAGUCUGUAUGCUUGUGUCUGGCCCUUGUUUGACUGGCUACACUCAGACGCUAAAUGAUUGGUAUGAUAGAGAGAUUGAUGCUAUUAAUGAGCCUUAUCGUCCUAUUCCUUCUGGAGCAAUAUCUGAGGAUGAGGUGAUUACACAAAUCUGGGUGCUGCUUCUUGGAGGGCUCGGGUUGGCUGGUUUAUUAGAUGUGUGGGCAGGGCAUAAUUUCCCAGUGAUAUUUUACAUUGCUAUUGGUGGAUCCUUGUUAUCCUACAUUUACUCAGCUCCACCGCUAAAGCUUAAACAGAAUGGAUGGAUUGGCAAUUUUGCCUUGGGAGCAAGCUAUAUUAGUUUGCCUUGGUGGGCUGGACAAGCCCUGUUUGGGACCCUUACGCUUGACGUUGUUGUUCUAACACUGCUGUAUAGCAUUGCUGGGCUCGGUAUAGCAAUUGUAAAUGACUUCAAAAGUGUUGAAGGAGAUAGGAAAAUGGGGCUGCAGUCACUUCCAGUAGCUUUUGGAACUGAAACUGCCAAAUGGAUCUGCGUUGGUGCUAUCGACAUAACACAGUUAUCUGUGGCAGGCUAUCUUCUGGCUUCUGGCAAACAAUAUUAUGCUUUAGCACUUCUAGGCUUAGUCGCCCCACAGGUCUUUUUCCAGUUCAAGUACUUUCUCAAAGAUCCAGUUAAAUAUGAUGUCAAAUAUCAGGCCAGUGCACAACCGUUUCUUAUACUUGGUCUGCUGGUAACCGCAUUGGCAGUUAGCCAUUAAUCAUCAUGUUGGACUCGAUAAUAGAAAUAUGGGAAAUCACAUUGCACUUGGAAGACCAAAAGUGCCUGGCUUCAUCGAAGAAUAAAAGGGACGUCCAGAUGCUGAUUUGCAUGGCUUCUGUGUAGAUCCCACCGUUGUAUGUAAAUUCUCUUUACUGUUAAGCUUGUUUUCGGUAUUUAUGCUUCAUUUUUCUGUCUAUCUUUGAAGAGAUGUUAUCUUCAUUGUUGGACUAUUGAGGCACACAUUUCUGAUAUCCCCCUUUUAUUCUUUUAUAGUUUACAUUGUUAAAUUCUUACAACAAUUUCGCGUGUACUCAUUUUAUUGUCCAAAAUCGUCUUGCUGUUGGAGACU